CCCCUUUGUCGCCCCCUCGCGGGGACACCACACAUCACACAGCGUGUAGUUUCGCUUUCCCCCAUAGUCAUAGUAAAGUGUGACGGGUUUGAGGCAACAGCGAGAAACCGCCGUGAAACAGUUGUAAGAUGGCAGAGUCGGGCAGGACUGUGAGGGUGAGUGGUCUGCCCUCUCACAUCGAGGAUGACAGGCUGAAAGACAAGCUAUUCAUCCACUUUCUAAGAGCCAGGAACGGAGGAGGGGAAAUAAACUCUGUCACCAUUGUAAAGGCAACGCCCGUCUCUGCCCUCAUCACCUUUGACGACAGCAGAGUGGCACAGAGAGUUAUUCAACACAGACAACACACUCUGGAAGUGGAUGAAAAGAAGUAUAAAAUCCUUGUAACUGAACACCAAGAAAGAAUGGACCCAGACAAGGUCAUCUUAAACUUAUCAGCAACUGUUGACCACAGCCAGCUUCCUGGAGGAGCGAUGGCGAUGACACACCUUCAUAAGAGCCACCCGGAUAUCGAGAUAAGCUACGGCGUUACUGAGGAAUUGUGCACAUUAAACGGUGCCUAUUCCAAAGUCCAGGCUGCUCUGGCACAGCUAUUAGGUCUUCCCAAAGGCCCCAAAUCAGCCGGCCACAAAGAAUCGAGUCAACCUGCCACCAGUGGAUCAAAGUCGGUCCAGGCGGCGCUGGAGCCUCAUAUUCCGGAGUGUCGGAGCAGGAAACAUAAUAAGCAAUGGGAGCAACGAGAGAAAGUUCACCUCGGCAGGCAUUGUGAUGACUACAACUCCGGCUCACACAGAGACACGACACCUGGCGCUUACGUUUUGGAAGAUACGACGGAGGGUGCAGCUCGGCAGCUUCCUGUGCAUCCUCCUGCAUCGGAGGACGACUUCUCACUAAUUGUGGAUGCAGACAUGUUUCAGUAUACCCAGAAACACUGCAGGGAGGAAUACGAGCAUAUCCUCAGUAAGUAUGGCGUUGAUGCCGUGGAUAUGACAAAUGAAGGGGUGACUACUCUGUACUUGCAGGUAGCAACAGGGGCGGGGGAAGAUGGCCGGGAUCAGGAGUGCCUGAGGUUGGCAAGAAAGGCAAUAAGUUGGCUUUACGAGGAGAACGAGACCAAGAUCCGUCGAGACCAGCUGCCUAAGAGCAUCCUGUCCCUCAGGGGGGGGCAGCAAAGGGUGAUGGACACCUUAAGUGUCAGAUUCCCGAAGCUUCUUUUGAACGAAGACGACAGGAAUAUUUACAUAAUUGGGAGCAGCUGUGAUGUGUCUGAGGCGAAGCAGCUACUUCUACUGGACCCGAGCACGACGAGUGGCAAAAAAGAGGAUGUUGCCAGUCUUCUUAGAUAUCCUCCACCUGAUUCUGGUUCAUCAACUCACGCUCAUGAGUGGAAAGUUCCCCUCACCUUUGCAGCUUUGUCCUCCAUUGCAGAUUUGCAAGGUGACACGACAGAUCAGCAGUUCAGGUCAGAGGAGGAUGAGAGGAGGGCUGAAGGAGCCAGAAAGUAUAAACUAGCUGCUCGAUUUAAGGAUUCAGGACUUGCUGCACUGGGCAGUCGACCAACUGACUUCUCCUUACGAGGAUUCUCGUCUCCCCUUCGACAAACAGGCCCUGGGCCGAUUCCAGGUCACGAUGUACUGUCAGAAACAGCAGGGACGUCCUAUGAAAGUGUCUCCAGAGCGUUGGCCCAAAACACCGGAGGGGACAUCUUGUUCAAGAGUGGAUAUGCUUUGCCUUCAAAUGCUUCGUUGCAGAAUAAAACCUCCUUGCAAGGUCAUUUAAUUGAUACUCGACUGAAAAGUUUGCCAUCUACCAUUAGCACAACGCAGUCCAGUGCGUCAGGAAGUGCUUUACCUCCACCUGCCGGAUCUGGAUCCACCUUGAAGCGAGCCAGCAGUUUCUCGGGAACACCUCUGCAGAAGGCCCAAGUUGUGAGUCAAAAGAGUCAAGACGACUCCGCUAGGUCGACGGUCAAAGCCAGGGGCCGGUCCGCCAGCUUCGGUAACCAAGCGGGGAAGGACAAACGGGAAGUCUGCCAUGCAGAGGUGACACUUUCCGGUGUGAUGUGGGAGCACAUAAAAGAAGCCUACAGCUCCCGAGUGGACGACCUGACUUCUGAUGUCCAGAUGAAAGAAAGGUGCUCAGAGGGUAGUUUGGAUGUGACGCUCACCUUAAGAGGGGCGACCUCAUCCAGAGUGAACCCAUGUCAGCUAGGUCUGCAGAAGCUGGCGGACUCUGUUGGGGUAGACUUCUCCGUGCACGAGCUGCGCCUGUCAGAGCUGGGUGUCACUGACGCAGAGGAUGAAACCCUUCAGGCCUGUUGUGCUGAGGUCCGUGGCAGGUUCAAGAAAGUCACAAUGCAGUUUUCAAAGAAGAGCUUAUAUCUUAGGGGCCCGCAGGUGUUGUGUUCUCAGGUGGGUGCCUCACUGCGGGAGGUAUUUUCUGGGGAUCUGGUCCAAGUACCUGAACAACAGGACCUCUGUGGCCCUUCUACCUCAAAAUGGAGUCCAUCCACGUUUUUGCCAGAGAACGAGGACCAAAGUAGUCUGCACUGUUGGAGUAACCCUCAGGUGAUGCUAGGGGGCCAAACAAGCAAAGCCCAUAGGAUGGAUAGUGGCCAGGAAAGGAGACGAAGCCAGAGAAGUGACUUCCGUGAGACAGAGCUUGUGAAUGGCUCUAUUAACCAACUGUUGGCGAGGAAAAACCCUGUCUUUAAAGAGAGAGUGAAAGUUGUAGAACCAGAGGAGAUGGAGGGUUUGGUCAGCCACAGUAAAACAGGAAUGGGUACCGUGAGACAUGUGAAUGACGUCAUGUUAACGACAACCAACAGUGAUAAAGACACAGCUCUUCCCAAGAAGGAGAUACCUAUAGACUCUGGCCACAAGGAAAGCACGCAGCAAAGACAUGCUGGGAUGCAAGACACACGAGAGGAGUCCAGUUUAGGUGCUGCGGUGCUGGGGAGCAUCUGCGUGUGCUGUGAGAUUGAGGCCGUGACGAUAAAGACAAAGUGUGGAGCUACCAUGUGCUCAACGUGCCGCGACACUCUACACAUCCCCUGCAGAGUUUGUCAGGAGGCCGAGGCGACGACACGGGGCAUCAAGGGCCAAAUGAGCUACUCCAAACUAAACAUCACUGUACCAGGUCACAAAAAAGACUCUGCCAUCAAGAUCACUUACUGCAUUCCAGAUGGUAUCCAAGGGGAAAAUCACCCGUCUCCAGGAGAAGCAUUUCAAGGAGGGGUGUUUGAAGCCUUUCUUCCAGACAGCGAGAGGACGAGGACGCUGCUACCAAGGCUGGAAGAAGCAUUUAGGCAGGGGCUCAUCUUCACCGUGAUUGGUGUAGACACGGGGGCCAGGGCCUCGUGGGACGGCAUCCCACACAAGACCACCCUACACGGAGGCAAGUCAGGGAACGGCUACCCAGAUUCCACUUACUUGACUCGCUUGUCCGAUGUCUUGACCGCCAACGGGAUUGGAGAAGCAGCAGCCAAGUCUUAAGAUAAAAGCAAUGUGAGCAGUUUUAUAAUUCAAAAAAGUGAUUGGAGACAAUUGCGCUGUGGUGAUUAAGAUCAGCUUUUAUUAUUCCGAGAAUUGUUACAGCUCACAUUGCAGUGAUUGUGGAUUUCCCAACGUCAUAACCUGCCUCACUGUUGCUUUUUUCAAGAUUGAUGACAUUUUUUCAAAAUGUGUUCUUGACUGAACCCCUUGUCUUAAAGAUUUCAAUUAGCAUUCCUGAACAUGUUCUUAGUGUUAUUUGGAAAAAGAUAAAUGCACGGUACUGUGUAUAUACCUUUUUCUAUUUUUUAGGAUCUUGUUGUUCAGGAAGAAAUCACUGAAAAAUGGGGGGAGUUACUUUAUAUUUGUAAAGAUUUUCCUGAAUGGGCACCGAAAUAAAAGAGUACAUCUUCUGACAUUUUUGUUAUGCUUUUUUUAUUAGUCCUGGAAAACAUGUAAGGCAUAUGGUAACAUUACACACUGAAGCAUUACAAGCUCUAGAGGCCAUGUGGCCAACAUGGCACCACGCAGUAAACCCAGAGUCAAGCACAGAAGCAGCAUCAAUUCAAAGGGUUCAAAAAACAAAGUGGAGAUGAGAAGAGCAUUUGCAACCAGGAAAAAAACCCACCAACACAAGGAAGGACAGAGAGAGGAGAACUCGCUUAGAAAUCAACCACGCCUUGUAGAAAAUUGCCGGUGGUGACUGAAUGCUAACAGGUGUGCUAUGUGGGACAGAUGUGAAGUGAGUUUCUGAAGCCUUCCCAGUUAAGUUGUAUCAUCAUGAAUGAACCAGCUGACCAUGCGAGUCCCCAUUCUGAGGGUGAGGACAUGGAGUCAGGUGGCACAGGAGGGAUGCGGGGGGGCAGUGGAUCGGCUUCAGUUGGCAACUUGAUACGACUCGAAGGGCGUUCUCCACCCUCACACGACGCCACUACACGACUACUGAACGGCCCCCGGAAAGGGACGGUGUGAACUGUACAUAAACACGUGCCUCGUUUUCUGCUCGACCAAACGUCCGUCCCAGUACAGUGGACGUGACGAGCCCAGCCAGGCUGUACUUCCGCAGCUUCGCUGCAAUGUUGCUGCGAUGGAGGAAUGACUGCUACGGUGACAAUAGCUGCAGACCGGCGUGGUUGUUUGGGUUCUCAGCGUGGGGAGGAGUGAACGCUGCGGCUCUGAACAUGGAAUUAACCCACCGUCAGAGCCUCACCCUUUGACUGGGAGUACUAAGCUUACAUAGACCGUGGAGGGCGUUACAGUUUGCGCAGUGAACUGCGGUGAAACGGAAUGAUGUUGUAUAUGUAGUGGAGUAGUUUCUCGGGUGAAGAAACCCGUUUUUUGGAAUGACCUGAGAAACCAUACAAAAAAACAAAAGAAAUUCACCUCAAAGCUAAACGGUGGGUGCCUGUAAGGAACUUCAGCUGUACAAGCCGAGACGGACGGAAGAGUAGCGCUAUUGGAAAUACUACACUCAUUGCCUUGGUGUGUUUUUUUCAAGCCUAAAACUACGAGUGUUAAUUCAUUAUAUCAAAUCUAAAACUGCAAAUGUUCAGAAAAUGAAUCACUUUGUUUUUUCUUUGAAACACUGUUUUUCUCCCGUGCAUCUCUGAGUUGCUAGGUACUUUUGCAUAAGUGUUUCUGGAAUAACUGGGAAACAUCACAAUGCAGAUUCCCAGUGGCGGAAGUGCCCAGGCGGCCGCCACCCGCCCAACUGAUCGAGACCAUUCCAAAGGCAUCGUAGCUCAAAGGAGCCAAAGGGACAGCGAUUAUAAUAGUUUUUUCACAUGCCAUUGAAUGCAUGCAGUUUCAAAUUCCAGAUGUUAAACUAAUGUUUAUUUGCUAUGAUUAUGUAAGGAGAAAGAAGGGGGCGACUUUUGGAGAGAAUUUUGGACUGUGAAUGUUGCACCGUCCACAGGAAAAGAGGAACGUCUCCAAUGGUCCUUGAGUGAACUGGGAUCAGAUGCAAAGAGGGAAUGUUGUGUCUGCGGCAGGAAAGAGCUGAGCUAUCAUCAGCCAAUAAGCUGGGUUUUUGUGCAGCUGUGUUUCAGUAUUGGCAUCCCUGUACAGCUGCGUGAAAACAUCUGCUUCCUCACUUGCUACACAAGCCGCUUGGAAACAAACGGAAAUGGAGCAGAAAUCCAGAGAGGAAUACCAUGGAGCUUUGCAGUUGGAAAAAAAAUUGCAGAUAUCAGGGAAUCUAUUUUCUUUUGGUGGAGUUUUGAACCUUAAAUGCACCAUAUCCAGUCCCUUUUCACUGUGAUACUAAUAUUAUGGUUGUAAACACUUCAACCUGUUGUGGUCGACAUGACGUGAGAGCUGG